CCUUCCCCUGCAGGCUCGCUCUCUGAUUUUUUCUUUUCUCAGUUCCUCCAGUUGUUGUCUGAGCCACAGAGGCCACUUUAAAUGUAGCACCAGGACAAGAUGGCUGAUUUAUCCCUGCUUCAGGAAGAUUUGCAGGAGGAGAUUGACGGAUUUGGUGUGGAUGACUACAGCUCAGAGACUGAUGUCAUUAUUGUACCUUCAGCCCUGGACUUUGUUUCACAAGAUGAGAUGUUGACGCCGCUGGGAAGACUGGAUAAAUACGCUGCAAGUGAAAACAUAUUUAACAGACAAAUGGUGGCUCGGACUUUACUGGAUACCUUAAAGGCGGUAAGCGAGGAUGAGAGGGACUGCAUCGCUGUGCUGGAGCGGGUUAGCAGACUGGCAGAUGAUUCAGAGCCCACAGUGCGAGCUGAAUUAAUGGAGCAGGUUCCUCACAUAGCUAUUUUCUGCCAAGAAAACAGGCCUUCCAUUCCUUAUGCUUUCUCCAAAUAUUUAUUACCGAUUGUGGUCGCAUACCUUGCAGACCAAAAUAAUCAGGUUCGAAAGACGAGUCAGGCAGCACUCUUGGUGCUCCUAGAGCAGGAACUCAUUGAGAGAUACGACAUUGAGACCAAAGUUUGUCCUGUCCUCGUGGAUCUGAUAGCCCCCGACAGCAACGAUGAUGUGAAAACAGAAGCCAUGGCCAUAAUCUGUAAAAUGGCACCGAUGGUGGGGAAAGAUAUCACAGAGAGACUCUUCCUCCCCAGGUUUUGUGAGAUGUGCUGUGACUGCAGGAUGUUUCAUGUUCGCAAGGUAUGUGCAGCCAAUUUUGGAGACGUCUGUACUGUGGUGGGUCAAGAGGCUACAGAGGAGUUGCUGCUGCCCCGGUUCUUCCAGCUCUGCUCUGAUAACGUGUGGGGGGUACGGAAAGCCUGUGCGGAGUGUUUCAUGACCGUUUCCUCUGCAACGUCUCAGGGAGUCCGAAGGACAAAGCUCUCCUCCCUCUUUAUCAACCUUAUCAGUGACCCCUCCAGAUGGGUUCGACAAGCUGCCUUUCAGUCUCUUGGCCAGUUUAUCUCUACGUUUGCGAACCCUGCAAGCUCUGGUCAGUAUUUCAAAGAGGACGAGGAGCCAGAAGACACUACCAACACUCGGUUCCAUAGCAGUUCGGAAGCAGAGACUGAAGUGCCCUCUUCUAAAUCUGGGGUCAGCACUUGUGGGGAAGAUGCAACCACAAAGACUGAGGAGAAUGGUCAACACUGUUGCAAGACAGGGGAGAACUUGCAGCCUUCUGAGAUAUUGCAGAACCCCCAGUCUUGGGAGACGGAGGAGAAAUCCCAGAGCUGUGAGACAAGGGAGAGCGAGCAAUGCUCUGACAUCAAAAACCAUCGAUGUUGCCAGAUAGAAGAGAGACAACAGUUCUGUGACUCAACAUCAUCUAGCAGCCAACAAGGAGAGGAGGAGAAGGACAACGUCACCCAAGUGUUGCCGUCCCUACGGGACUCUGCUCCACAGAACUGUGGGAGAACCACUUUAGAGAGUCAGCCUUUAAUCUGCACUUCCAGUCGUGCAGAACCAGCAGAUGCUGCCACCGCCACCACCACUACAUCUUCCUCCUGUACACUGUCGGGGACCAUCUCUAAGGAUAAACCCAUCCCUGAGCAGGAACUGUACAACUCAUUCCAUUACUGGAGGACUCCUCUCCCCCUCAUCGACCUGGAGGUGGAGCUGCAGGAGGCACAGGAGGCCCAAGAGACACAGAAGGGAUCCCAAGAGACCCAUUCAUCACAGAGCCCGUUGUCUUCCAUCAGCCCAGCCCGGAGGAAGGAGCUGGAGGAAAUGAUCGAGAACCUUGAGCCGCACGUCGAUGACCCUGAUGUUAAAGCACAAGUUGAUGUGUUGACUGCAGCCCUGAGAGCCUCAACACUAGGAUCCCAGCUGGAAAACUCUACCCACAAGCCUUUUGAUAACAGGAUAGAGACCCAGAGGGAAGCAGCCACCCCAGACCACUUCAGUACAGAUGCAGUGCCUUUAAUCACUGACACAGCAGAUAUAGAGAGCCUGGAAUCCACCCUGGGGUUCAUCCACGGGGACGACUCUGAGAUGAGCGACUGCAGCCUCAGUCCAGAGGAAGAGAGGAAAUGCAAACAGCAGGAUGUGGUACCUCAGGCCCUGCUGGAUCAGUACCUGUCCAUGACAGAUCCCUGUCGAGCUCAGACUGUAGAUACUGAGAUUGCUAAACAUUGUGCUCACAGCCUUCCUGGAGUGGCACUUACCCUGGGCAGGCAGAACUGGCACUGUCUGAAGGACACCUAUGAAACCCUGGCCUCUGACAUGCAGUGGAAGGUGCGAAGGACACUAGCCUUCUCUAUCCACGAGGUGGCCGUCAUCCUGGGAGACCAGCUAACUGCAGCAGACCUCGUCCCCGUCUUCAAUGGCUUUCUCAAGGAUCUGGAUGAAGUCAGGAUAGGGGUCCUCAAGCACUUGUAUGACUUCCUAAAGCUGCUGCACAAGGAGAUGAGGAGGGAGUAUCUUUACCAGCUGCAGGAGUUUCUAGUCACAGACAACAGCAGAAACUGGCGCUUCAGAGCUGAGCUAGCUGAGCAGCUGGUUCUGCUGCUGGAUCUGUACUGUGGCAAAGAUGUUUAUGAUUAUUUGAGGCCUUUAGCAUUCAGUCUUUGUACGGACAGAGUUUCUUCGGUUCGCUGGACCUCUUAUAAGCUGAUUUGUGAGAUCAUAAAGAAGCUUUCCUCAGAUUCACAGUUGGUUGCAGAUUUCAUGGCUGAGCUUGUUGAUAAAUUCUGCCACUGCUCUAAAUGGUCGGGUCGCCAGGCUUUUGCCUUUGUCUGCCAGUCUGUGAUUGAAGAUGACUGCAUCUCCAUGGACCUGUUUGCUGAGCACCUGCUGCCUCCCCUGCUACAGCUGGCGUCUGACCCUGUUCCCAACGUCAGAGUCCUCCUCGCCAAAACCCUCCGGCAUAGCCUUCUGGAAAAAGACUAUUUCAUACACUCUGCCAGCUCACACCAGGAAGCCUUGGAGCAGACCUUGGUGGCACUCCAGAUGGAUCUGGACAAGGACGUCCAGUACUUUGCCAGCGUUCACCCUGCCAACACCCGUUUAGCUGAUGACGCCAUGAGCACAACCUCUUCCACAUACUGAGCACCCCCAGCCAAUCCCUGACCGCCAUUGCCUACACCCUGCUGCCCCUAGGAAGAGCUCCAGAGGGCAACAGGACAGAGAUGAUGGGAGGGACUUCACCCCACCAUCUACCCUUGACUACAUGGAGAGAAUUUCUCUCCAAACUACCUGAAAAAAGGUGGCAAUUCAGCCACCCAAUGAAUACUGGCACUACAGUAAUACAGCAUCUUUGGAAUGACUAAAUACUUUGAGAGGGCAUCUCUCACAGACAUCUACCAGAAUCUUUGUCUCUCUCUCUUUUUUUUCACUUGAUACUGCUCUCCCAAUUUUUUUUUAUUUUUUAUUUUCUUGCCACCGAAGCCUUAAGAGAGUCUUCCUAAAAUGAAAAAAAAUACUUGAAUGCUUACAGCGGGUUUAGUUAAAGAAAGAGGAUUUCAGUUCUCAAAUCAUUCCUCUGUAAAAAAAAAAAAAAAAAAAAAAAAAAAAAAGUAAAUAAGUAAAAAAUUUUAAACAACUCAUUAUUAGUAGUGAAAGCCAGUAAGCCCAAGCUUUUAUUGAACUGUGUCAAAAUAAAAGAAGUCUCAUUUACAGUUUAGUUUUGUGUUUUUUAUAUCUGUGUAAAUGACUUCAUCACAAGCUGCAUAAAGUGUACAAAGUACUGUACUAGCGUUCUAUGUGAACUCAAGAAUUGUUUGGAAAUGUAGCGCAGUUUAUCUUAAGGGCUUAGAGCUGCAAUGUUAUGUUUUUAAACUCUAGUGCAGCACAUUGCUGUACCCAUGUGCUGAACCAAUGCAUAGUUGGUUUUUGUAUUAUUGAUGAAACAAUUUGUGAUUGUUUUUUUUUAAGCUGCCAUGUUGUCAAUAAAAGUAAGUAAAAGGUUAGCACACAUAAUUGAAGUCAGGUAUUUUAACUUGAUCAUGAAAUCCUGCACCUUCUCUUUUCCUUUGGGUUAUUUUCAUGUUCUGUACAUAUCUACGGGCCAUCGUUACAAUUGACCAUGUUUACAAGUUUGUUCUCUACCUGCCCAAAUAAAAUAAAUGCAGACAUGUUGCUGUUGGCUUUCAAAGUUUA